AUGUAUAUGUUUAUCAAGACAGGCCCAGUUCCAACAAUCUCAUGGAGGAAAGUUAAUGGACCCAAUCCGAGCAAAGCCCGCCUGCGCAAGUCCCAAGCCGUGCUCGAAAUCCCGAAUGUGCAGCUAGAAGAUGGAGGGACAUAUGAAUGCAAAGCUGAGAAUUCCCGGGGACGGAAUGUCUUCCGAGGACAGUUACAAGUAUACACAUAUCCACACUGGACAGAGAGGCUGAACGAUACCCAGUUAGACAGUGGGGAUCAACUUCAGUGGGAGUGCAGAGCUUCUGGAAAGCCGAGGCCAACUUAUCGCUGGCUCAAAAAUGGGAAUACUCUACGGCCAGAGAGCAGGAUUGAGAUGGUUAAUGGUGUGCUGAUGAUCCACAGUGUUAAUCAGUCAGAUGCUGGAAUGUAUCAGUGCGUAGCAGAAAACAAGCAUGGAGCCAUCUAUGCCAGUGCUGAACUGAAGAUUUUAGCUUCUGCUCCAACUUUUCCCCUGAGUCAACUGAGGAAGACCAUUAUUAUUACCAAAGGCCAAGAAGUCACUGUGGACUGCAAACCACAAGCUUCUCCCAAACCAACCAUUGGGUGGAAGAAAGGAGAAAAAAACAUUCGAGAAAAUAAAAGGGUAACUGUUCUUCCAGAUGGAAGCCUGCAAAUUCUGAAUGCCUCCAAAUCUGAUGAGGGGAAAUACAUAUGCCGAGGAGAAAAUAUAUUUGGUUCAGCAGAAAUUACAGCUUCAGUAUUUGUGAAAGAGCCUACCAGGAUAGACUUGUCCCCCAAGAGAACUGAGCUGACGGUGGGAGAAAGCAUUGUCCUCAGCUGCAAAGCUUUCCAUGACCCAACCUUAGACGUCAUCUUUCACUGGAGUCUGAAUGGGCAGCCUAUCGAUUUUGAAAAAGAAGGUGGACAUUUUGAAAGCAUCAGGGCGCAAGCAUCUUCUGCGGAUUUAAUGAUCAGGAACAUCCUUCUGAUGCAUGCUGGAAGAUAUGGCUGCAGGGUGCAAUCUACAGCAGACAGUGUAUCAGAUGAGGCAGAACUUCUUGUUAGGGGUCCACCUGGCCCUCCUGGAGUUGUCAUUGUUGAAGAAAUCACAGAGGUCACUGCAACUCUUUCAUGGUCUCCUGGAGUGGACAAUCACAGUCCUAUCACUUCUUACAACUUGCAAGCGCGAAGUCCAUUUUCACUUGGCUGGCAGACUGUGAAAACAGUUCCUGAACACAUAGGGGGUGACCUGGAAUCUGCAACAGCAAUUGAACUGAACCCAUGGGUAGAGUAUGAAUUUAGAGUUGUAGCAACCAACAAAAUUGGAACAGGAGAUCCAAGCACACCAUCAAAAGUGAUCCGAACCAAAGAAGCAGUGCCAAAGACAGCUCCUGCUAAUGUCAGUGGCAGAAGUGGAAGACGGCAUGAAUUAGUAAUAGCCUGGGAGCCAGUCUCCGAAGAAUUUCAGAAUGGGGAAAGCUUUGGAUACAUCGUGGCUUUCCGACCGAAUGGAACAAGAGGCUGGAAAGAAAAAAUGGUCACAUCUUCGGAUGCCUCCAAGUUCAUCUACAGAGAUGAAAGCGUGCCUCCCUUGACUCCCUUUGAGGUGAAAGUUGGAGCAUAUAACAACAAAGGCGAUGGACCGUUCAGCCCAAUUGUUGUGAUCAGUUCUGCCGAGGGAGGUCGCAGAAAGUCAGGCCAAGUGAACUUUUGUGGACCUCAGAUUUUGCUGACACAGGAGAAGACCUCAUCCUUCCAUCCCUUGGCUCUCAGCUUUCAUUCCGUACCUGUUCCAACAUGCCUCGGGCUUAAGUUUAUCUGCUACAUCACCGGAGACAACAGUGGAGGCACUACCCAGGAGUGCAAUGGGAGGAUCUACGGUCGGUAA